CGAGGACCGUGCAAUGAACUUAGUGCACAUGCCAGAUUCAAAUGAAACCGUCGUUGUGUUGACAGCUUCAAAUAGAAAAAGCGAAACAAAUUACCCAUAUACACGCACGGAGCGUCCAACAAAAGUGAAGCCGUAAACAAUUAUGGUAGCAUUGUAUAAAUAGAAUUAAAAUAAGGCAUAGUUGCGUGAAUAGAAAAGGCGCGGUGCUUAUUGAUGUGAUUUCCGAACACAGUUGAUGUCGCACAAUCCGAAUGCCCGAAAAUGUACAUCAAAUCAAUCGUCAUAGAUGGAUUUAAAUCCUACGGAAGGCGUACCGAAGUGCAAGGAUUUGAUCCCGAGUUUAAUGCCAUCACCGGUCUCAAUGGGACGGGCAAAUCCAACAUCCUAGACUCAAUCUGCUUCGUGCUGGGCAUCUCUAAUUUGGUUCACGUCCGUGCAACAUCGCUGCAGGAUUUGGUGUACAAAAGUGGACAAGCCGGCAUAACGAAGGCUACGGUGACGCUCAUUUUUGAUAAUUCCGACCCGAAUCAGUGUCCGAUUGGGUUUGAAAGUUGCCGCGAAAUUUCCAUCACGCGCCAGAUCGUCGUUGGUGGAAAGAACAAGUAUCACAUCAAUGGAAAGUCGGUACAGAACAAGCGUGUGCAGGACUUGUUCUGUUCGGUGCAGUUGAACGUGAACAAUCCUAACUUUCUGAUCAUGCAGGGACGCAUCACGAAGGUACUGAACAUGAAACCGCACGAGAUUUUGUCGAUGAUUGAAGAAGCGGCUGGUACGAGCAUGUACGAGGCAAAACGUGAUUCAGCGCUGAAGCUGAUCGAAAGGAAGGACGCUAAGUUGAACGAGCUGUACGCGGUCAUACGGGAAGAAAUUGAACCAAAGCUUGAGAAGCUCCGGGAGGAGCGCGAGCAUUAUAUCGAGUUCCAGAAAGUGUGUCGCGAUAUCGAGUACUUGACGCGGUUGUACGUCUCAUACCGAUAUCUGCAGCUCUGCAAAGGCGUCGAGGAAUCGGAAAAAACGAUUGCUAGCCUGCGGUCGAUCAUCGACGAAAGUGAGAAGAAGAUCGAAUCAAACUGCUCGACGGCAGAAUCUCUCGACCAGGAAGCCAAAGAGUUGCAGACACGUAUUGAUACUGAGGGUGGCGGAAUGAUGGGAGAACUGGAGCAGCAAUUAGCUGUGGAAAGCAAAAAGGAAGCAACCGUAUUCGCCGAACGGAACAAUACGAAAGAUAGCAUUGGUGUGGAGCAGCGGAAGCUAAAGAAUCUCCAGAAAAGUAUUCGUGACGAUGAGGAAGCACUUAAAUCGAAAGAAGCGGAGAUGCACCGUCGCGGGGAAACAUUCCAAACGCUCAAGGAUGCGUGCGAAGGGGACGAGAGUGCAUUCGCCAAGGCUCAAAAGCGCUUCGAAGCUGUUACGGCCGGUUUAUCAACGAAUGAGGAUGGUGAAGCGGCCACCCUGCAAGACCAGUUGAUUGCAGCGAAACAAAAGUCGGCCGAAGCCACUACGGCCAUCAAGCAGUCGGAGAUGGAGCUGAAACAUUCGCAGAAACUACUGCGAGACAAGCAGAGUAACAUGAACAACAGUGAUGCAGCGUAUCUCGAAGACAAGCGCAAGUUCACGAAGGUUGAGGGCCAGAUCGGGCAGAUCGAGAACGAAUUGCAAUCGACGGGCUACGAGGAAGGAUCAAUGGAAACGCUAUCCUCUCGCCGUCAGGCACUGCAGACCGAAAUUCGAAGUUUGCGGUCGGAUUUAGAUCGCCGCAAUGCUCACCGUUGGGAGCUGCAGUACCGUGAUCCGGAACCAGGCUUCGAUCGGCGAUCGGUGAAGGGUAUGGUGGCAAAGCUAGUCACCGUGAAGGAUCCAAAGUACGCCCAGGCCCUUGGGACUGUAGCCGGUGGUAAUCUUUACUCCGUCAUUACCGAUACAGACACGACAAGCAAAAAGUUGCUGCAGAAAGGACAGUUGCAGACGCGCACAACGAUGAUUCCGCUGAAUAAAAUCACGGGCCGUAAGAUCGAUCCGUCGGUGGCCAAGUUUGCGGAGGAGCUUGUCGGUAAGGAAAACGUAACGACGGCCCUUUCGUGCAUUAGUUACGAUCCGCAGGUUGAUCAAGCGAUGCAAUUCGCCUUUGGACAUUCGUUCAUCGUGAAGAAUUUGGAGGUGGCAAACAAGAUCACAUUUCACCCGCGCAUCAAAACUCGCUCGGUUACACUCGACGGAGAUGUGGUUGAUCCGGGUGGUACCCUGUCUGGUGGUGCCCGAGCGAAGGGUACCGCGGUUCUGUUGGAUGUGGCCGAAAUCAACAAAAUACAGGCAAUGUUGCAGGAGAAAGAAGCAGAGCUGCGCAAUAUUUGUGCGGAAAUAAGCAAUAUCGAGAAAACUGCCCAGCGGUUUGGACAGCUAAAGGAACAGCACGAUAUGCUCAAUUACGAGCUGAACAACCUGAAGCAGCGCUUGGCUCAGACGUCCUUCCAGCAAACUCAGGAAGAAAUUGAAGAGUUGAAGAAAAAAAUUGAAACAUUACAAAACACAAUGGUGGAGGCGCGUCAGACACAAACCAAUUGCGCUGAGAAGGUGAAAGACCUGCAGUCCAAGAUUGCCGACGGAAAAGGCCAUCGCGAGCGAGAGCUAAAGUCGGCGGAAGAGGAUAUGAAGCGCACCAAGAAGAAAAGUGAAGAAAGUCGUAAGAAUUGGAAAAAGCACGAGCAAGACUUCGAGACGCUAAAGCUGGAAAUCGAGGAACUUCAAAAGGGUAUCGUCACCGCCAAAGAGCAAGCGGGAAAGUUGACGGAACAGAUUGAAACACUUAUCCAACGGCUGACGGAAGUGAGCGGUACGAGCGAUGAGAUGACAGCAGCAGUGACCGCACUCAAGCAACAAAUAAAGCAACACAAGGAAAAGAUGAACUCGCAGAGCAAAGAGCUGAAGGCGAAGUAUCAUCAGCGGGACAAACUGUUGAAGCAAAAUGAAGAUUUGAAGCUUGAAAUUAAGAAGAAAGAGAACGAGAUCGCGAAAGUUAAUAGCGAUAACAAGGACGGUUACGAUCGGAUUAGCGGAAUGGAGGAAAAGUAUCCGUGGAUUCCGGAGGAUAAGGAGUUUUUCGGUGUAAAGAACACCCGGUACGACUACAACAAGGAAGACCCACAAGAGGCGGGCCGGAAGCUAAAGAAGCUGCAAGAUUCUAAGGAUAAGAUGAGCCGUAAAGUAAACCAGAAAGCGAUGGUUUUGCUGGAGCGGGAGGAAGAGCAGUACAAGGAGGUGAUGCGCCGGAAGAAGGUUGUUGAGGACGACAAGAAUAAGAUCCAAGCGAUCAUCAACGACCUAGACUCGGAGAAGCAGAAAAAGCUGAAGGUGGCGUGGAGCGAGGUGGAUGAAAAUUUCGGAAGUAUCUUCAGCACACUGCUGCCCGGCACGCAGGCUAAGCUGGUACCACCGGAUGGCGUAAACUUCAUGAAAGGUCUCGAGGUCAAGGUUGGCUUUAACGGGAUGUGGAAGGAAUCGUUAACCGAGCUGAGCGGUGGGCAACGAUCGUUGGUAGCGCUCUCGCUGAUCUUGGCCAUGCUGAAGUACAAACCGGCACCGCUCUACAUCCUGGACGAGGUGGACGCGGCGCUGGAUCUUUCCCACACGCAAAACAUCGGCAACAUGCUGAAGGCACACUUUACCAACUCGCAGUUUAUCAUCGUUUCGCUGAAGGACGGUAUGUUUAACAAUGCGAAUGUGCUGUUCCGGACCAAGUUCAUCGAUGGUAUGUCUGGCGUGACGCGGACAGUGAACGUGGCCAACCUGAGAAAAGCUGCCGCGGAAUCCAACAGAAGGUAACGCGCGGUUUUGUUAGGAAUUUUGUUGGCCUUUGAGCACGUUAAAGUUUGUAUGAAAUCUAAUUCUCCAUUAUUUCUUCACGCAGUUCAAAUACAUUUUAAAAUGGUGGCAAAAUAAUCGACUCACGUUAAAGUUGCUAUGCGACUUCAGUUGCAGAGUGUUCUCUACAACUGAACGAUGCACAGGCAUGGGUGAGGGGCUAGUUGAAGGUUUAGAUUAUUAAUGAUUAGAAUAAUUUAAUGAAAAUGAAUGUCAUAAUAUUCUAUUAUAAUUAAAUGUAAAUCUUAGAGUGUAUGCAUUGCUAUACAAUUAGCAAUUGGACGUUUACAAACGGUUGUCGCUCUUGGCUUUCCCUGCUUGCCCUGCCUAAUGGCAUGCAAUGCGUAACUUUGUGUUACCAAUAGUACAGUACACGACCGGUUGUGUUGUUCAGUAGGUAUAUGGAUUUUGAAGCAUUUUUUUGUUUAAAGAAGUAAACUAAGUUUAAUUAAGUGUGUAAACGUUGUAAAUUGCAUUAAAAUAAAUUAAAGCACCUUAAACAAACAA